AUGUCUGCCAGUGUGACUGAUACCCAUAAUAAAGGUCCCCGGAUUCUCGCAGUGGUAUGGACAUUAUCAGCCCUUACGACAAUUUUCGUCGCUGCACGCGUGUACAUCCGUCAAUGGUUGAUCCGCAAUGCAGGUGUUGAUGAUUAUAUCAUUGUUGUGGCACUGUGCCUAACAUUGACAUCUGUGGGAAUGACAACUGCAAACGUGCAUAUGGGAUACGGAAAGCACGCUUGGUUCCUGGAGGAGAGUACCGUGGAGACAAUAAGCUUGGUCAAUACAAUCAGCUUUGCAAUAGGCCUAUGUUGCUUUACCGUUCCAAAGAUCGCAGUAACAGUUCUUUUGACUCGGAUCCUCAACCCAAGCCGUCUACAGCGUAUAUGGCUAUGGACCAUGAUUGGAAUCACGGCUUCGGUGUCAUUCGCCGCAUGGCAGCGCCGCCUCGUCACCGAAGGCAAAGCAAACUGCAAUGAUGUACAAAUAUUGAUCAAGUAUGCCAUUUUCAAUGCUACGCUAUCUGCAAGUGUCGACCUGUACUUGGCCAUAUAUCCCAGUACUGUCCUCAUGAAACUUCGCAUGCCCUUGCGGAAACGUCUAGCACUUUGUGCUACCUUGGGUAUGGGGUCUAUUGCCGCGGCAACGGCUAUUGCAAAAAGCACGCAAUUUCCAGACUUUGCUCAUCAGGAUGACUAUACCUAUGAAACCGCGGAUCUUGUCAUGUGGACAAACGUUGAAUCCAAUGUUCUCAUUCUAGCAUCCUGUAUUCCGACUCUCCAACCGAUCCUCGAGCUGACGCUUAGGGGGCACAUUCGCUCUAGAAGCCCUCGAGGGAAAGAUGCCAACUAUCUGCGCGAUUCCAUUUUCCAGAGGACCGGACAUAAAACAAACCGACGGUCGGAUCGUUCGAUCACGCACGUCGAGAGCCAAGAGAGUAUCCUUGGUGCUGAAGAACGGCAGAAAAACAGCCAUCCCCUUGGUGCUAUCGUGAGGACAGAUGAUGUUUCGGUGGAAUUCAACACUAGAUCUGCGCAUAGUGUGCCAGAGAGACACAUGACGUGGCAGAUUGGUUAA